UGAAAACAAAAAAAAAGAAUUUUCCUCAAACAAAAAAGUUUUACUUCUUCAAUUGAUUAAAUCGCGUACAGACAGCUUGUAAUAGUUCUAGUAAAUUAGACAUAAAGCUUAAACAUGCUGCAAAAGAAGCAUAUAGUAAUUGUGAUGUUAGUUUUCUAUUUAUAUAGUGUAAAUUGUGAAAAUGAAAAACUUUUCAUUGAAUGUGAUCCAACUAAAGAAAGUGGCGAAAAGGCAAGCUCUGAUUGUCCAAAAAACGCAAAAUGCGUCGAACUUGGAACUAAUAAAGACAAUAUUUCAACUAAAGGCCUUUGUGCCUGUAUCUUUAAUUUUACGGUAAACAAAAACUAUUCGUCAAUAGAUAAGAACUCAAGAUAUUGUGUAGAAAGUGCUAAUCACACAAAUAAUAGUAAAGAGUCUGUCACAUCCACAGCGAAGUCUUUAAUACCUACUCUUCAGCCUACAACUGUUCAGACUAUAAUAGUUCCCUUAAAAACAUCCAGUACCACUUUAGCACCUGCUCCUAAACCAGAGCCAACAAAGAAAGUCGAAGCAACGACACCAAAGUCGUCUGUUGAGUCACAAACGAAAGCAUCAAGCGAUAAUAAUAAUAAUAAUGAUAAGGAACACGAUAAAAAACAACAAAUAACAGAAGAAAUCAAGCCUGUAUCGCCUGAAACACAUCACAUUCUUGGUGGAAUAAUUAUUCCUAUAAUGAUUGUUUUUGCAUUCAUCGGUGUUGUUUAUGGAAUUAGAAAAUAUGAUGUGCUUGAACGAGCACAAAAUUCCAUCAGAAAUCGUCGUUCUGGAGGUCAGACACAUCAAACUAGAUACGAUGGAUUGGAAAAUGACUUCGAUGACGAUCCUUUGUUGAUUUAGAGUGAUUUAUUAGUUUAGAUUCCUUUUGCGUACAUGCAAACUUGCCACCACAUAAUUUUUCUUUGAGUUAUUCUAUGGUUUAUAUUCCUACACAUCAAGUGCUGCUGAUGAUUUUUGGUGGGCUGGGUAACACUAUGGAUUAUAAGUGCGAUUUUUAAGAACUGAGAAUAUGACAGUUGGAGACUUAUUUGAACUUUGAUUAUA